AUGUGUCGUGCGUUGUUUUUGCGUAUCGUUAAUGCCGUCGCAUCUGAUCCAUACUUCCAACAACGCACGGAUGCACUUGGGAGACCCGGCUUCACGUCGUUGCAAAAAUGCACGGUUGCUAUUUGUAUGCUAGCUAAUGGUGGGGCAGCAGACCAGUACGAUGAGUAUCUCCGGAUUGCAGAGUCCACCUCGUUGGAGUGCUUACGCAGAUUCUGUCGAGCCAUUAUUCAACUCUUCGGCUUCCCGGGAAUGCUAGGGAGCCUCGAUUGCAUGCAUUGGCCGUGGAAGAAUUGUCCAACGGCAUGGCAAGGCGCAUACACUCGCGGCGAUCAGGGGGAACCGACCAUCAUCCUUGAAGCCGUCGCAUCGCAAGAUCUAUGGAUCUGGCAUACUUUUUUUGGGACUCCUGGUUCGAACAACUACAUCAACGUGCUCAACAACUCGACGUUGUUCAACGAUCGGCUGCAAGGAAUGGGGGUGUCGGUCACAUAUCAAGUCAACAACGCCUACUACACAAGUGGGUACUACUUGACUGAUGGCAUCUAUCCCAAUUGGCCUGUAUUCGUGAAGAGUCCUACACAUCCGACGGAUCCGAAGGGGAAGAGGUUCAAAGUGUUGCAAGAAGCGGCUCGCAAGGAUAUUGAACGAGCCUGCGGCGUCCUUUAA